AUGUAUGUCAAUCUUGAUCCCUGUCUUUCUAUCUAUCUAUCUAUCUAUUUAUUUAUCUAUCUAUCUAUCUAUCUAUCUAUCUAUCUAUCUAUCUAUCUAUCUCUGUGCCUGUUCAUAUGUGACACGCUUUAUCUAUAUAUCCAUUUAUGCCUCUUCAUAUCUGUCACUCUUUUUUUGUCUUUAUUUAUGUUUCUCUUGAUCCCUCUCGUUCUAUCUAUGUACCUAACGAUAUAUCUAUCUGUGCCUCUUCUCAUGUUACUAUCUAUCUAUCUAUCUAUCUAUCUAUCUAUCUAUAUAUAUUGUCAGUAUAUCCCUAAAUACACAUUAUUUCAAACAUAUUUUAAUUUUUCCUUCCUUCUUUCUUUCUUGCAUGCUUGUUUGUUUGUUUAUUCUUUCUUUCUUGCUUGCUUGCUUGUUUGUUUAUUCUUUCUUUCUUUCUUGCGUGCUUGCUUGUUUGUUUAUUCUUUCUUUCUUUCUUUCUUUCUUUCUUUCUUCUUUCUUCAUGUAUAUAUGCCCGUGUAUCCCUAA